UGAAGGAAGCCAGAGAAAAUUCCACAAACACUGCGGAAAUUUCGCGAAAGUGGUUUUCAGUGUUAACAUUUCCUCUCCUUGACUUGGUGUCUCAUUGAACUUGUUGGAGAAUUCAUUUUUUUCCCCCAAUAUUUUCACAAUUAUAAUUUCUUACGCAAUUAUGUCUUGAACAAAUUGCACCAUUUGCUCUUUCAGGUUUUGCUUUUGCGUGGCGAACAAUAGAAAGAACAAUCUUUGAAAAUUGUUCUUGGGACAAAUUCUCGUGCUAAAAAGUUUUAUAGAAUUAAUCUUGUGCCAUGGAUUGUGAGGAGUAUCGAAGACGAGGCAAAGAAAUGGUGGAUUACAUUGCGGAUUAUCUGCAAAAUAUUCGUGAAAGACGCGUUUUUCCCAACGUCAAACCCGGCUACAUGCGUUCCCUCCUACCGGACUCUGCACCCCUCGAGGGUGAGAGUUGGGAUGCAAUUUUUGCAGAUGUUGAACGUGUUGUAAUGCCUGGAGUAACGCACUGGCAAAGUCCUCACAUGCACGCAUACUUCCCAGCUCUAAAUUCCUACCCAUCCCUCUUGGGUGACAUGCUGGCCGAUGCCAUAAAUUGUCUGGGAUUCACCUGGGCAUCUUCCCCAGCUUGCACAGAACUCGAAACUGUCGCAAUGAAUUGGCUAGGAAAGAUGAUAGGACUACCAGAUGAAUUCCUCCAUCUGAGCAGCUCAAGCAGAGGUGGUGGAGUCAUCCAGACCACCGCCAGUGAAGCCACUUUAGUAUGUCUUUUGGCUGGCAGAACACAGGCCAUUAGACGCUACCAUGAACAUUCACCAGGACUUCAAGAUUCCGAAGUAAAUGCCCGUCUUGUGGCCUAUUGUUCCGAUCAAGCUCACUCAAGUGUGGAAAAAGCCGCUCUAAUUGGUCUCGUGAGGAUGAGAUUCAUCGAAGCUGAUGAGAAACUGAGUCUUCGUGGGGAGCCCCUCCGAGAAGCCAUUGAAAGUGACAUGAAGCAAGGAUUAAUACCAUUUUGGGUCUGUGCUACUCUUGGAACAACAGGAGCUUGUGCUUUCGAUAAUCUCGAGGAGGUAGGAAUUGUCUGUCAAGAUUUCAAACUGUGGCUCCACGUGGACGCAGCCUAUGCUGGCAGUGCAUUCAUCUGCCCAGAAUACAGGGGAUGGCUCAAAGGGAUUCGUCGCGCAGAUUCAAUUGCUUUUAAUCCAUCCAAAUGGCUAAUGGUACAUUUCGACUGUACAGCAUUGUGGGUAAGAAAUAGUGGAGCCCUCCACAGGACCUUCAACGUGGAACCUCUCUAUCUUCAGCACGAAAAUUCAGGAUUAGCCAUUGACUAUAUGCACUGGCAGAUUCCACUUAGCAAGAGAUUCCGCGCUCUAAAAUUGUGGUUCGUUCUUCGAAACUACGGAAUUAAAGGACUGCAGAAACACAUCAGAGAAGGUGUUCGUUUGGCGCAAAAAUUUGAGGCUCUGGUUUUAGCUGAUCAUCGCUUCGAAAUACCAGCUACGAGACAUUUAGGAAUGGUGGUGUUUCGCUUGAGGGGUGAUAAUGAUCUUACCGAGAAACUUCUCAAGAGACUCAACAAUCGCGGGAAUCUUCACUGUGUCCCAUCAUCACUGAAAGGACGCUAUGUUAUACGCUUCACUGUUACUUCUACACGUACCACCAGUGAGGAUAUCCUCAAGGAUUGGUCAGAGAUUAGAACUGUUGCUACAGAAAUUCUCGAAGAAAUGAAUAUCAAAAUCGAAAGGACAAGGGUCUGCCUCAAAGAAACCAGAGAAAAGAAUGAAGCUUUUGGAUCAAGUCUCUUGUUAGCAAAUUCUCCCAUGUCUCCAAAGAUUGUCAAUGGAUCAUUUGCUGCAAUUUUCGAUGCUGAUGAAUUUCUAGCCAAAGCCUACGCUGGCAUCAGAGUUUCUAACCAAGAUUCUCCUGCAAUGAGACGCCGUGUUCGUGGAAUUUUAAUGUCCGGAAAACAAUUUUCCCUGGAUUCCCGGAUGGAUCUUGUUGUCCAGGGAAUUCACAACAGCAGCGAUGGGGAAAACUUUCUGGACACAACUCGGACAAUUACCGAGGACAACGAGGAUCCGUGGGAAGGUACGAAGGGAAGCUUAUGAAGAAACAAGCGACAUUCAGCAAAGUGCAACAGACAUCGACAUGAUACCCCAGUCUUUCCUAUUAAGAAACCGACGCCGGUCCAACAGUGCGGCAGAAGUGAUUCCGAUCCCUGAGAAAUCCCCCCAAAAUUCCCCAUCCCGCCUCCGAAUCCACCGAAAAUCUGAACCGCUCCUCUCGGCCUGGAAAACUUCCCGAAAUGUAGAGAAAUUUCCCAAAAUCCAACAUGUAACCUCUUUUGCCAGCAGCCUGGGAAGCAUUGAGGAAAGCCCCAAAACACCUCAAGACAUUUCAUGUGGCUUUUCAAAUCCUGCAUUUUUUCAACCCAUACCCCAUCGCUUGGAAGUUUUAGGAUUCUCCCAGGAUAAUUCUGACUGGAACAUUCCUGAAGAUGAGGCCUAUAAAAGUCCCCAAAUUCGCUUUUCCAUCACAGACAAGUGCGACACUGUCCACGAAGAUGACAACAAAUCACCUCUGGAGGAAAGAAUCUAUGCCAAUGUAAAAUUUUGCCGGAAAUGUGGUCAUCAUUCACUCAAAAUUUAGCGAUAUAAUCCCAUUUUUCGCUUGUUCUACAAUAACUAAUUUGCCAUAUUA